AUGGAACACAAGGGUAGUGCACUGCUUGUUGCAUUUGCAACAUCUGGAACGUUACAUUGUGCACUCACAUUUGCAAGCGAUGGCUUUAUUGGACGACCACUACGAGAUGGAGAUGAAGGUUUCGGUAUUGACGGUUUCGGAUUGUCAGGCGUCGAAGACUCUGUGCUGCUACUGGAUGUUAGAGGUCGAAACUACUCCCGGGGAGGAAUCACGUUCGUUUUCUCCGUUACUCAUCCAGCGAUCGAUAAAGGGAAGUACGUAUUUGUCAAUGGGUUUCGUGACGUAUCCAAGCACGGUGUCUAA